UGGCCGAGCCAGGCCUGGAAAAAAACAUUGCUCGGGGAUUGAGAGAAUGUACAGGCCGCAGCGGCGCAACCGUAGCAAAAUAAAGCUAAACCGCGCCGCUCAGCGCUGCUAUAGCGCCAGGGUCCCGCCGAAAACGCCCAAAGGAGUCUGCAACCAGAGGUUUUCCUCCCAGAUGACACAAGUACAGUGUUCCUUAGUGUUUGACACUUUUAUAAGUAUUAAACAGUCAUCAAAUGUGAAGUGCCGUGAGAAAUCAUAAAUCAUGGAUCAAGGAGGAGGGGUCUUGGAGCUUCACUCCCAGGACUUGAAAAUGCCCCAUACAAUGAUAAUGCAAGACUUUGUUGCAGGGAUGGGGGGCAUGGCACGCAUAGACGGUGAUCACAUCGUGGUGUCUGUCCCUGAGGCAGUUCUGGUAUCAGACGUGGUCACUGAUGAGGGCAUCCUGCUGGAGCACGGCCUGGAGGCUGAGGUUGUGGAAGGACCUGAUAUCGGCCAUGAAGACGUGAUCACCGCAGAGGGCGUGAUCAUGUCCGAGUCCAUCCUGGAGGCUGAGGUAGCCAUAGAGGAAGCUCUGGACGCAGACCACCACGUUCUCACCACCGACCUGAUUGAGGAGACGGUACCCGAUCAGGUUUUUGUGGCCGACCUCAUGUCCGCACAUGAAAACCUGGACCAUGAGCUUGUGUCAGAGGAGGUGAUGGUCACUGACACCGAGGCAGUGAUACAGGCUCAUGAGACCAUGCCUUCCAGCGUUACCCUCAAGAACGAUGAUGAAGAUGAUGAUGACGACGAAGAUGGCAAGAGCACCUCGGAAGACUACCUCAUGAUCUCAUUGGAUGACGUUGGGGAGAAGCUAGAUAUUGGUGACACACCUUUAAAGAUCACUGCAGACGUGGUCCAGGACGAUGAUGGGUCCAAGGAGGAUGAGUUUGGCUCUGAGGUCAUCAAAGUCUACAUUUUUAAAGCAGAAGAUGAAGAUGUGGAAAUAGGUGGAACAGAGGUGGUCGCAGAGAGCGAUUUCCCCAAUGGGCACGCAGUUUUGGAGUCGGCGAGCACUGGCCGAUUGCCCAGAGACAAGAUGGUCUACAUGGCGGUGAAGGACACCAGCCAAGGAGACGAGGAAACCAAUGUUUCAGAAAUGACUGACCAGGUGUACAUGGAGGUGAUUGUUGGGGAAGAUGAAGCUCCAGCCCUCCAGGAAGCACAGUUAGAAGACUCGACAUGUAAUAAGACCUUUGUUCCUGUGGCGUGGGCUGCUGCAUAUGGUAACAAUCUGGAGUCUCGGUUAGAGAGUAAGAAUGGUACACCCACUCCUUACCUGCAGAUCAGCGACAGCAUCAGUACAAGUCGAGCUCUCAAACAGAAGAUCAAGAAGAAGAGGAAGGGAGAGACCCGUCAGUGCCAGACUGCUGUGAUCAUUGGUCCUGACGGUCAGCCGCUGACGGUCUACCCCUGCCACAUCUGUGGGAAGAAGUUCAAGUCCCGUGGGUUCCUGAAACGUCACAUGAAGAACCACCCGGACCACAUGUUCAAGAAGAAGUACCAGUGCACAGACUGCGACUUCACCACCAACAAGAAGGUCAGUUUCCACAACCACCUGGAGAGCCACAAGCUCAUCAUCAAGAACGAGAAGAUCCCCGAGUACACGGAGUACACUCGGCACUACAGCGAGGCCAGCCCCCUCAGCCCCAACAAGCUCAUCCUACGCGACAAGGAGCCCAAACUCCACAAGUGCAAAUACUGCGAGUACGAGACGGCCGAGCAGGGCCUGCUCAAUCGCCACCUGCUGGCGGUGCAUAGCAAAAACUUCGCCCACGUGUGCGUGGAGUGCGCCAAGGGCUUCCGCCACCCGUCCGAGCUCAAGAAGCACAUGAGGACGCACACGGGCGAGAAGCCCUACCACUGCCAGCACUGCGACUUCCGCUGCGCCGACCAGUCCAACCUAAAGACUCACAUAAAGAGCAAACACGGCACGGACCUGCCGUUCAAAUGCGGCCACUGCCCGCAGGCUUUCGCAGACGACAAGGAGCUGCAGAGGCAUAUGGACAUCUUCCAGGGCCACAAAACUCACCAGUGCCCGCACUGCGAGCACAAAAGCACCAACUCCAGCGACCUGAAACGCCACAUCAUCUCGGUGCACACCAAGGACUUUCCGCACAAGUGCGACGUGUGCGAGAAAGGCUUCCACAGGCCUUCGGAACUCAAAAAACACUCGGAAACGCACAAGGGAAGCAAAGUGCACCAGUGCCGUCAUUGCGACUUUAAAAUCUCGGACCCUUUCACGCUGAGCCGCCAUAUUCUUUCCGUACACACCAAGGACCUGCCCUUCAAGUGCAAACGCUGCAAACGGGGCUUCAGGCAACAAACCGAACUCAAGAAACACAUGAAAACGCACAGCGGCCGCAAAGUCUACCAGUGCCAGUACUGCGAGUACAACACGGCGGACGCUUCGGGUUUCAAACGCCACGUCAUUUCCAUCCACACUAAGGACUACCCGCACAGGUGUGACUACUGCAAGAAGGGUUUCAGACGACCCUCGGAAAAGAACCAGCACAUAAUGCGGCAUCACAAAGAGACAAUGAUGUAACACUUAACUCCACCUUCUUUCCCCACCUUAAACAACAGACACACACACACACACACAUACAUACAGAGCUCCACCUCAUUAACCAGAGCCCACAUCACACUGCAGAACACGAGGAUGGAACAGAACAGCGCAGCCUGCUUACGACAAAACUACAUUAUAAUUAUAGUUAUGAACUUACUCUACUGUAAAGCAUCUUUAAGGUUAACCCCUCAGAUAUAAAUACAAAUACAAAGCAAAGCAGGAUUUGGUGUAAGUGUGUUUUGAAACUAUAUGACCACGGUAUGAGUCAAAGUUGUCACUUUAUCAUGUCCUAGAAAUUUCAACAAGGGUAAACACUGAUCAGUCAGGGUCUCAGAUGUUUUUCUAUUUUUGUAUUUACUGCAAGUGAAUAAUGUUGUCAGUGUUAACUGGCUAAGUGACCCCAUUCACACCUGGCCACUUUGUGACGGGAAUCUAGUUUGUAUGUUAAAAAGAUGUUGGCCGCAUGUAUUUACCGUAUUUUUCACACUAUAAGAUGCUGAGAAUAUGUUUAAAUAUAUAAUGAGUUUCUGUACAGUAUAUGGAGUAUGGGUGUUGUCUUGUCCCUUAUCUGGUGUGUUUACACUUUUGGAGACACUGAGAGCGAGUUAAGUUCAUGGAUUAUAAGGCGCACUAUCAAUAAGCUAAACUAGGAUCAGUAAAUUAAACUUUAAUUCUUUAAGAAAACAUUUCCUUUUGAAAUCAAGUGAGCUCUGGAUGUUAAUCUACACAGAUUUCUCUUCUAAAAACUUUAUCUGGGCGAGUAAAGCACUUUCGUUUAUUUACAGUAAGCUUAGAUGUCAAGAUUUGUACCAAGGCUAGCCUCGGUUAGUGGCUGAUAGGAGUGUUUGGGUAAGCCAGGGCGAUAUUAGCUUGCAAUUUGUCCCACGUAGCUUGUUUUAACACAGUAAACGCCAAGACUACAGUCUGAUAUAUUUAAAAAAGUUAGCGCUUACCGUGGUUAGCAGCUAAUGCUAAUGCUGCUCCAGCACUGCUAGGCUGACUUAGCAGCAGGAUACUGGCUGAUAAUACUCAUCUCUGAACGGCGAAAGAGCUAGCGCUUAGCAUGGUUAGCAGUUAAUGCUAAUACUGCUCCAGCCUUGGUGCUGGGGAAACUUUACUGAAACUCCUGUAUAACUCUGUACUUCAGUGUAGUGACUUUACUGCUCCUUAAUACCUGACUGGCAGAAUUCAUACAUAAGAAGCACCGGAUUAUAAGACACACUGAUGGUUUUUGGGAAAAUUUAAGGAUUUUAAGUUUGGCUUAUAGUGUGAAAAAUAUGGUACGUUGGUUGUUUGUCCAUUCUGCAUCUUUCUGUGCUGUGCUAAAUAUGACUUCUGCCUCAAAAUGUGCAAUUUUACAUUCUUUCCUCCUCGAUUAUCAGACAGUGGUUUGAGUGAUUGGAUUUGUGUCUGUUUCAAAUGUGACUUGGGUGUUUUUACACUUUCAUCCAGAUAUAAUCCAGAUACUCAAGACUCAUAAAAUGACGAGGGGUAAAUGGGGUCACAGAUGCUUAAAUUGUGCUCUAAUUUAAAACCAACGCCCGGCACCGCCCUUAACAAGCCUCCCUGUAGACAUUUGGCUCUGGGCUGCAUUGUAACUUUCAACAAGACUUUUUACCAACUGACUUGCCCCGACUUUUACCCUAACAUUAAUUUUAAAGGCAAAUUCAAUCAUGCUAUCAGUUUCAGCAGGUCGUCUGUGCUAUUAUUUGAGUAAUAUCCGUUAGCCUCUUUACAUGUGUGUCGCACAUUUGUAAACAUGCCUAUUUUGUGCGAGAGGUUCUUGUUCUGUGUUCACUUGGACGUAGUCUCUUAACACCAAACCAGUAAAUUUCCAUUUGCCAGAGAUUUUUUUUUUUAUUUAAUGCUGAUGUAUGCUGGGCUCUCGUACUUGGUCAACAAUUAAACUCACUGUAGUUGAAAUAAAUUAAAUAUUUUAGUUGUUACCUUUUUGUGAAUGCCACUACAAGACUUAAUGUAUGUGUAUAUUCACGUGUAACACGUAACUGGCAAAACAUGCACAUAUGGCCAACUAUUUCGACUUGCAGUCAUGCCUUACCUGUAUUGUAUUUUUCUUGCACUGAAUUAAGUAAAUCAAACGUGAUUAUUUUUUUUAAA